GGGACAGGCAGCUGGAAGAGAGUAAGCAACGGACAGGAAGUGUAUUCCCGGAACAGAGGGAACCUGCAUGGAUGUAAUAUGUCUGUAAAAAGGAAAGCGGAGAAUGCUAUCCCGGCCGAGGAGAGCGAUCAGUUAUUGAUUAGACCCCUUGGUGCUGGGCAAGAAGUUGGAAGAUCAUGCAUUAUCUUAGAAUUCAAGGGAAGAAAGAUUAUGCUGGACUGUGGAAUCCACCCUGGCCUGGAAGGAAUGGAUGCUUUGCCAUAUAUCGACUUGAUUGAUCCUGCAGAGAUUGAUUUGCUCCUAAUAAGCCAUUUCCAUCUGGAUCAUUGCGGUGCUCUACCAUGGUUUCUGCAGAAGACCAGCUUUAAGGGAAGGACUUUUAUGACACAUGCUACCAAGGCCAUUUACCGAUGGCUGCUUUCAGAUUAUGUCAAAGUCAGUAAUAUCUCAGCAGAUGAUAUGCUGUAUACAGAGACUGACCUGGAGGAAAGCAUGGACAAAAUAGAGACCAUCAACUUUCAUGAGGUGAAAGAGGUAGCAGGAAUCAAGUUCUGGUGUUACCACGCUGGCCAUGUCUUGGGGGCAGCCAUGUUCAUGAUUGAAAUAGCUGGUGUCAAGAUUCUUUAUACUGGCGACUUCUCGAGGCAGGAAGACAGACACCUGAUGGCAGCAGAGAUACCAAAUAUUAAGCCGGAUAUCCUUAUCAUUGAAUCUACAUAUGGUACCCACAUACACGAGAAACGGGAAGAGAGGGAAGCUCGUUUUUGUAACACUGUGCAUGAUAUCGUGAACCGUGGAGGGAGAGGACUCAUUCCGGUGUUUGCCCUUGGGCGAGCACAAGAACUUCUCUUGAUAUUAGAUGAAUAUUGGCAAAACCACCCAGAACUUCAUGACAUACCCAUAUACUAUGCCUCGUCCUUGGCCAAGAAGUGUAUGGCUGUGUAUCAGACCUACGUGAAUGCCAUGAAUGACAAAAUUCGCAAGCAGAUCAAUAUAAACAAUCCGUUUGUGUUCAAACACAUCAGCAACUUGAAGAGCAUGGAUCAUUUUGAUGACAUUGGUCCUAGUGUGGUAAUGGCUUCCCCUGGUAUGAUGCAGAGUGGACUUUCUAGAGAACUGUUUGAGAGCUGGUGCACAGACAAGAGGAAUGGUGUUAUUAUAGCUGGCUACUGUGUGGAAGGGACACUUGCCAAACAUAUCAUGUCAGAGCCUGAAGAGAUCACCACCAUGUCUGGUCAAAAGCUGCCAUUAAAGAUGUCUGUGGAUUACAUAUCAUUCUCCGCACAUACAGAUUACCAGCAGACCAGUGAGUUUAUCAGGGCCCUAAAGCCCCCUCAUGUGAUAUUGGUGCAUGGGGAGCAAAAUGAAAUGGCAAGGCUCAAGGCAGCUCUGAUAAGGGAGUAUGAAGACAAUGAAGAGGUUCACAUAGAAGUUCACAACCCCAGAAAUACAGAAGCUGUGACCCUGAACUUCAGAGGAGAGAAGUUAGCCAAGGUGAUGGGAUGUCUGGCAGACAAGAAACCAGAACAAGGACAGAGAAUUUCAGGAAUCCUUGUGAAACGGAACUUUAACUAUCAUAUUCUUUCACCGAGUGACCUCUCCAGUUAUACUGAUCUGGCCAUGAGCACAGUUACACAGACACAGGCUAUCCCAUAUACCGGCCCUUUUCACCUGUUAUCCUACCAGUUGCAGCAACUUACAGGAGAGGUGGAGGAGAUUGAUACAAAUGAAAAGGAUGCACUAAGGGUAUUCAAGGCAGUCACUGUGAUAAAGGAGCCAGGCAUGGUGCUUCUGGAGUGGGUGGCAAAUCCUUCAAAUGAUAUGUAUGCCGAUACCAUAACAACAGUGAUCUUAGAGCUACAAUCAAACCCAAAAAUACAAAAAGCUGUUAAAUCUCCCAAGGUUAGCAAAGAUAUUGACAUGGAUGCAUAUAGCAAGAGGCUGGAAAUUAUGCUACAGGACAUUUUUGGUGAAGAAUGUAUAAGCUGUAAAGAUGGCUCCAUGGUCACAGUGACAGUAGAUGGGAAAAGUGCGGUGCUUUCUUUGGAAUCACGGACUGUUGAAAGUGAGGAAGGUAUUGAUGAAGAUGAAACCCUGCGGGAGAUGGUACAAUUAGCUGCACAAAGGCUGUAUGAUGCGCUGGGGCCUGCAAACCUAUAGACCAGCUGUACUUCGUCCCUUAGUUAAAUUCAUUACACAUUUAUUUUCUUUGUGUAUGAAAAUGAAAGCCACUAAACAAAACUAGAGAAUAAUUUAUCUUUAAAAAGUGCCAUUUUGUUAUAAAUUUCCCAUUUUCUGAAUAUAUUUUUUUUGCACAUUACAUACGUUAUGUUUCAGGAACAGAACAAAUUGUGCAAAAAACCUAAAACGUUCCAUCAACCCCACAAAAAUGUGUUACACAAAAUAAUUCACAUUUUAUGCUGUAAAUAUUUUGUAUGAAUUAUUAUUGUUUUAUCUGUAUUCUGAUAAUGAACCAGACCUGAUUAAAAAUUACUAAAAUCAA